GCUCCAAUAUGUCUCUCCCACUUUUUCUCCAAGAAAGCUGCGAAAAAGAGGAAGUUCUGUUUUCCUUCUAAAUUUAUAAACCUUGGAUUACUUUAAUUGUUGAGAUUUUAGAUGGAUUUGUCACUAUACGCUUCAUUUACCUUGAUUCUUUAGUCAUAGAAGCUCAAUGAGUUCGAAGAGCAGCCGAAGAAAGCCGAGACUCGAUCGCCGCAAUGCAGCGAAGCACAUCGACUAUGAUGCAGCGUCGUUUUCUUCCUCUCUCGAUGAUUCCUCCUCCUCUUCUUCUCUAAUCACGCGAUCGCUCGAUUUGUCCGAUAAAACCAGCUUCCGUAUCCAAGGAACCGACGGGGAGUUCGACCUUAUUUGUCGGACCUUGGGCCUUUCGGGGCCUGAAGAUUUUUCCAUUCCAGCCGCCGCUUGGGAAGCCCGUAAAAUUCGAUCGUCGUCGUCGGAUGUUUUGCCUCUAUCCAAAUUGAACCGACUGGAUAGUCCUAAGGAAGAGACAGACAAGAUAAAAGAUGACACUCAAGUAAUGGUCUCUGAAUUAGCUGAUAGGGUUUUGGCUACUGAUUUGACCGAGGAUGACUCACCCGAGUUAAAGUUAAACGAGAGCUGCCGUGCCGAUAGAAACUUGGUGGAUGUUGCUACUACAACUGAGUUGAAGCCAAACGCAUGUUGGGCUUUGAAUGUUUCGGAUGGCGGAGGGAGUAAUGGAAUUAAAGGGACUAGGCCACCGGUUUUAAAGCCGCCGCCGGGGAUUAAGCUAUCGGUAGUCGAUAACGCGUGCUCAACUUGGGAUCUGUUCAGGGAUUUCGCCCCCGAAGAUGAUAAAGGGUGUGUGGCUCCGGUUCAAUUACAUUCAUCUUCCGAUGAAGAAGAAGAUAAAGGAGAGGAGGGUGAGGGUGAGGGCAAUGAAGAAAAUGCUAAGGAUGAGGAGAAUUUAAUGAGAAUUGGAGAGACUGCAGCGGUUUCUGAGUCGUGUUUGUGUACGACUUCAAAUGAUAAUGAUUCAUCAAGUUCUACUACAGAGCCUGCGUCAAAUAUUUUCCCUAAUGGUAGGUUUAAAAGAACAAUUACUGAUUGGGAGAAAGGUGAGCUUCUGGGGCGUGGAUCAUUUGGGUCAGUUUUCGAAGGGAUUUCUGACAAUGGAUUCUUUUUUGCCGUGAAGGAAGUUUCAUUGCUUGAUCAAGGAAGUCAGGGGAAGCAAAGUAUUAUCCAACUUGAACAUGAGAUUGCUCUUUUAAGUCAGUUUGAACAUGAAAACAUAGUUCAGUAUUACGGCACAGAAAAGGAUGACUCCAAAUUAUACAUCUUUCUUGAGCUUGUAACCAAAGGCUCCCUUUUAAACCUAUAUCAGAAGUAUCAUCUCAGAGAUUCUCAGGUCUCUGCAUAUACAAGGCAGAUUCUGCAUGGAUUGAAGUAUCUUCAUGACCGAAAUGUGGUUCACAGGGAUGUUAAGUGUGCAAACAUAUUGGUUGAUGUGAGUGGCUCGGUAAAGCUUGCAGAUUUUGGGUUGGCAAAGGCAACCAAGUUGAAUGAUGUUAAAUCAUGUAAAGGGACAGCUUUCUGGAUGGCCCCUGAGGUUGUCAAUCAGAAGCGUCACGGGUAUGGACUUCCUGCCGAUAUAUGGAGCCUUGGUUGUACUGUGUUGGAGAUGUUAACUGGUCGGAUUCCAUACUAUUAUUUGGAAUGUAUGCAAGCAUUAUUUAGAAUUGGCAGAGGUCAGCCUCCAGUAGUUCCCGAUUCUUUGUCAAAAGAUGCAAGAGAUUUUAUCUUGCUAUGCUUACAAGUCAAUCCUGAUGCUCGCCCGACUGCUGAUGUACUCUUACAGCAUCCAUUUGUAAAGAGGACUCUUCAAACACACACAGGCUCAGCGUCUCCUCAUAUUGGUCAUCGAAGUUGAAUGUUCAGCCUUGAAACUAAAUUGCAACGAGUGAUCAGCUUGGUCCAUCAUGAGGAAGAAGAAAAGUUUUGCUUCCUCGAGCUCCAAUGUUGCUACCUUUAGUUUUGCCCCCUAGGAGUCUCAAACCUGGUUGGCUGAAACAAUUCUGACUAUGGCGCAAUGGCACUGACAUGGAUCUAAAUCUCCAUGACCAUGAAUUCCCACAGAUGCUGUAGAGAGAACAACUGCUCUUAAUGUUAAAUAAUUUGUUAUAAUUUUGAAAGGUUUGGGAUUGAUUAGCCUCUAUUUUCUUUCCCUUU